AACUGGGGAGACAAAAUGGAAUUGCCUCUGGACCUGUGCAGCCGAGCUCUCAUCUUAUCUGAGGAGAUGAUACUACAUGAGAGCAAGCACCAUUCUCUCAAGGUUACCGUGUUCGUCUACAGCGACCUGAUGCUGGUGACGAGAGAGGAUGAGCCAGGCAGAUGUAACGUCCUUCAGAGUCCGCUGUACCUCCGACAGCUGAGGCUCCAGGAUGAUUACGCUGAGGAGCUGAGAUUCUACCUUAUACACAUGACUGAGAAGUGUGACUGCCUGCUCAGCCUGGAAGCCUAUUCUGCCGACCAGAAGCGCCGCGUGUGUCAGUGCCUGAAGGACAACAUUGACAAGCAGCUCCAGCUUCACAGGAGGGAGCCUCCCGGUCCUCAUUUUGAACAGAUGUUGGAGCCUAAGGUGGAUGCCUCUUCAUGUGAGCUGGGUGGAGUAGGAGGGGACAGAGGUGGGGUGUGCCUCCACCUGCCCCCACGCAGCUCUGAAGGAGAAGAGAGCAGCCUCUACCCCUCCAGUCCCUCAGAGCCCCCUACGAUCGGCAGCCCUCACCCGUCUGAGCCUCUCACCCCUUUGGAUGAGAUCUACACUCCUCUUGGGGGGUCUGUGGAGCGACACAAGGUGCCUCCCACACCACCUCCUUCCACAGAGGGGGAAGACUGCAAGAGCAUGGAGGGGAACGAGAUGGAGAUCUGGAGGGAAGGGAAGGAUGUGGAGAGCCGGGGAGAGGAAGAGGAGGAGGAGGAUGGAGCGAGCAGAAAGAGUCCAGGAAGUGAAUUUGUGGAGAGAGAAGAUGGAGAAGAGGAGGAUGGAGACAGGAACGAGGAGGAGGUUAACAUAAACCUGUUGGUGUCAAACACAGAUGAAGAAAACGCCUCAGAGCCACCUGACACCAACGCCCCCCCUUCCUCCUCCUCAUCCUCAUUUGUCAUCCCUGAGCUGCGUCUCGAUCGCUCCUUCAGCGCAGACGCCCUCUCCUCACCUAACACAGAUGACGAAGAUUACGAUGAAGACGAAGACGAAGACGAUGAGUCUGAAGAGGAGGAAGAGGAGGACGAAGAUGACAGCGACGACGCCUACCUGCAGCGUAGCGACAGCAAGCGACGCAGCAUGGUGGAGGGGGCCACCUGUGAGAAACACGGAGGAGGCGGGCUCAGUGUGCAGAACUCCCUCCGCAGGCGCACACACAGCGAGGGGAGCCUCCUGCAGGACCCCCGCACGCCAUGCUUCACCUCGGACAACGCCAUCAACUGCCUGGAGGUCGGGGGAGGACACCACAAGGGUGGGUGGACGCUGCCAUCGCCCAAAACCCUGAAGAAAGAGCUGACCAAGAACGGAGGCUCCAUGCACCAGCUGUGUAUGCUGUUCUCUGGGAGGAAGCUGAGCUCCGGAUCCCCCUGUAGCUGUGAGGUUGGCUCUGACGGAACAAAGAAGAAGAAAUCCAAGAACCUGGCCAAAGACAUGAAGAAUCGGCUGGCGUUCCUGCGGAGGAGGAAUGAAUCCCCAGGAAGCAAUCCAGCCGGCAAGUUAGACAAAUCCAUGAAGUCAGUCAAGCCCACCCCGGAGGAAGCGCUCAAAUGGGGGGACUCACUGGACAAGCUGCUGGCACACAAAUAUGGUCUGGCAGCAUUCAGAGCUUUUCUGCGCACAGAGUUCAGCGAAGAGAAUCUGGAAUUUUGGCUAGCAUGUGAGGAAUACAAGAAGAUCAAGUCGCAGUCCAAGAUGGCGUCGAAAGCCAAGAAAAUCUUCGCAGAAUACAUCGCCAUCCAGUCUUGUAAAGAGGUGAACUUGGAUUCGUACACCAGAGAUCACACGAAGGACAACCUGCAGAAUGUGACGCGCUCCUGCUUCGACCUGGCGCAGAGGCGGAUAUACGGGCUGAUGGAGAAGGACUCAUACCCCCGCUUCCUGCGCUCAGAACUCUACUCGGACUUAAUCAACCAAAAAAAGCAGAGCUCCACUCCGACCUCCUCUUCAUCAUAAAUAAGAGACCAGAAAAAGAAAAUGAAGAUGAUGAAGAGAGGAGAAAAAAAGAGGGCAGACUUGAAAAAGUAGACUGUUUGGUUUGGGUGGGAUGUGAGGUUCUUUGUUUGCCUUUUUUUAUUUUACUUUUUUUAUGUCUUGUCCUCGUGUCCACUAUGAUUUUUUUUUUAUUUUAUGGUGUGAGAGGACAUUGAAGAAAAAAAAGCUAUGGCACUGCAAAGGAAUGUAGUUUACACAGUUACACGGUGGCUGGGUGUAUGAGUGGAAUCAUGAAUGGACGGAUGGAUGUUGCUAAAAAUACAGAAGCCCACAUGUGAGGGCUGGAGCAGGAGCUGGACGCUUGUCUGAUCACUGUCUUGUUCAUUUUUUAUGGUAUCAAUGUUUUGGUCCUGUUUUUUUAAUUUUUGUCCAGUUGUACUGGAGAAAAGGAGGGGUUACUCAGAAAACCCUGCAGACAUGAAGACAGUCCGGUACUGUUUUGUCACUUUUUUUCCUUUAAUUUCCCUCCCCUCCCCUCCUUCCUCCACCUCGUUCUCUGUGAAGCCACUUCAAAGCUGUUGGUACGACACCAAGUCCUUUUUUUCGUCCUGUAUUUUUUUCUGUAUGACGGAGGGGGGAAAAAAAACAAGAUGUCUGAAUGAAAGCUAGCGCUACUGCUCUGUUUCACACCUCCACCCUCACAAAGCUUCUAUAAACAGCUUUCAGCUCAUCCCAAGACUGCAGAUGGAUACUGUGAGCGCUCAACGGAGACAAAAGUGGAGACAGAGACGGGCGAAGAAACAGAAGUAUCAACAAUAAGGCAUGAUGGACUGUGAUGAAACACUGAUGGGUGUCACUCUCACAUUAAAAGACAUUCAGAAGUCACACUCAAAGCCAGUAGGGGGAAAAAAAGACGACGACUUGCUUCCUGUCUCCAAAGACUGUUUACAACAAGGAACGACAAGAAGAAGAAGAAAAAGAAGCAAAAUGCUCCGUGCAGCCAAACGACAUUUCCUUUAACAUUGUAGCUCAUUCUGGACUAACGGGGAAGCAUUCUCAGGACAUUGCUAUGACAGGUUCCAGUUUAUCUUCUCAGCUGUUUCUGUUUUUCUACACACUCUCACUGUUUUUAUAUGCGUUAGGGUUCCUACCUGCACUCCCUUAAAACUACUGAGCAAUACACAAGAGGUUGCUCGACUCAUAGAAAUGCUUCACGUUGUACAAAAGUUUGCCUAUUUAUUUAGAUAAACUCGCUGGAUGCUACGACACACACACACCCUCACCUCCUCUUAAGCACUCAGCUCAAAGCUCUCUCACUUUUCCUCUUAACCACCAAACAGGUCCAAUGCUGUCCUGAACUUUAAGUGCAAUAUUUUUUUUAUUUUAUUUUAUUAUUAUGUUGGUUCAUUUAUUUGGAUAAUUUUGAAUUUUUAUGGGAAAGACGAACAGCUUGAGCUCUGUAUUAACUGUAUUUGUUAAGACACACAAAAAAACGUAGAGCUAUAAGGUUGACUUACAAACUUUCAAGAAACAUAAGUAGUUUAAUGAAUUUUAAGCAAGUGAUUCUAACUGUGUGUUAACCCCCCUGGCAGCAGGCAGCUGGGGGAAUUAUGGUUGUAAAUAUAAUUCUUUAAGAAAACUAUGUGAUAACACAUUAAAAAGAAACAAAAACAGGAAACCGAUAGGUCUCUGCUGGUGAUGAAUAUGGGACCCAGCUGUAUCUAUGUAAAUAUGAGAGACUCAAAACUAUAAGAUGACAUGUAUUGUUAAAAAAAUAAAACAAUAGGUGAGCAAGUGCAGGUUCAAUCUGCUCUUUUCCCCUGGUCAUACACUGCUUGUAAGGAGUUUUCUGAAAUGCAUUUUAUCAUUUUCACUGUUUACAAUUCAAAAUGCAUCUCUCCUCUGAUAGCAAGUGAAAACAGUAGAGUACAUUUGGUGUCAUUGCUAAUGAUAAAUAAACCAACCAACUGAUGAAGUUA